UUCUGGCAAAGCUGAACAACUGAUCACCAGAUACUGGCAUAGUGUUAAACAUGGCUUCUGAGGCUGCUCAGAAUUUCCUUCAGCCACUGUCGUCUUGGAUGUCUCAAAUAUACGAAGCUAUCCAACAAGCAGGAGACUUUAUAUCUGCUUCACUGCUGAAUUUGAGUGGAGUGGGUCGUAAGUCAGAAGAAGAGAGGAACCGGGACUUGGAGAAUAAUGGAGGAGUUUAUGAGGAUUAUUCUGAGGAAUCAAAUGAUGAACGACACCUGGACCUCUGGGAUGAGGAAUACUUAUAUCCUAGAGAAGAUGGUCACAUUGGGAGUCCUGAUCUUGCUUCACAAGACCUCCCUCAUGGCUCUGACGUGGGUCCGCAGAGGCAAAAACGGGUUAAAAAUACCAUCAGCUUACCGGAGCAGUGUGUUGAGAGCACCAGGUCUUUGACAGCCAAUGGAUCCUACUGGACGAAUGAAGAUCUCCAGCCGCUUGAUCGGCUUCCUCCUAUCACUGAGGAAGAAGGUGAGCCCUCUAUGAGGAUGGGAGGUCAUGAGCACAACCUCAGCUUGGGUGGCUCCUUAAAAAGUAAUAAUGGCAAGGCAAGUUUUGCAGAUCUGGAUGGACUAAGCCAACUGAGUUACCAAGACAACCUAUCCUAUCGUGAAGAUGACCAUGUAUCUGUUGAUUCAACAAGAACAACUGAGAGUAGGGGCGCUGGGCAGCGUAAAGGGCCUAGGAUGGAGUCCAGCAUUACCGAUGGUGUUAGCCGGCAAGCCAUGGAAGAACGUUUGGAAAUGGAGACAGCAUUUACCAACCAGGGAUUUGAAGUAAAUGAUGCUACUGACAGCUCAUCGGCUUGGAGCCCUGAGGAACAUAACAAAGUGAACAGUGUACCAGCUCAUCAUGGUGCUCAUGAGCCCAUCUGUAAAUGUGGUGAUCUAGAUGUCAUCUUCAGCUAUAAAGCCUCAAGUCAAAAGCUAGUAGUUACUAUCUUGGAGGCCAGGGAUAUCCCAGACAAAGACCGCAGUGGUGUGAACACCUGGCAAGUGCACACAGUCCUGAUGCCUAGCAAGAAACAGAGGGGUAAGACGAGUGUUCAGAGAGGACCCACCCCCAUGUUCAAAGAUAAGAUUACCUUUGGUAAGCUGGAGCCAGAGGAGUUAAGCAGCCACGCCAUUCGCUUCCGCCUCUAUGCGGUGCACAAGAUGAUUGGAGAGAAGAUGAUGGGAGAGCAGUUGUUCUACCUGAGCAACAUCAGCCAGGAAGGGGAAGCGAAGGUGACAUUGGUCUUGGAGCCAAGGAGUAACUUGAGCAGUGCAGACUCUCAGCUUAGUCUGUCAGCAAUCUCUCACAGUGAUAGCGCUUCUUCAACACAGUCCCUGUCGCAUGGAGGGGUGCCAGAGCUGCUCGUGGGAUUGUCGUACAAUGCCACUACAGGGCGGCUGUCAGUGGAGAUGAUCAAAGGCAGUCAUUUCCGAAACCUCGCAAUUAAUAGGCCACCUGACACCUACGGAAAGCUCUGCCUGCGCAACUCUGUGGGUCAGGAGAUGUCUCGCUGCAAGACCUCCAUCCGUCGAGGACAGCCCAACCCCAUCUACAAGGAAACUUUCAUCUUCCAGGUUGCCCUCUUCCAGCUCUCUGAUGUCACGCUAAUGAUCUCCAUAUACAACAGACGCAGCAUGAAGCGCAAAGAGAUGAUCGGCUGGAUUUCCAUGGGUCAGAACAGCAGCGGAGAGGAAGAGCAAAGUCAUUGGCAGGAAAUGAAGGAGUCGAAGGGGAUGCAGAUCUGCAGGUGGCACACGCUGCUGGAGUCCUAGUGGUUACGAGGGCAGCCUGCAGGUCCUGGGACUCUGGGCUGUCUUCUCUUGUUCUCAGUCAGCAGAAAACAGCUGUCUCAUGGCAAGCACCAUGCUCUGACAGGUCACGUACACUUUAAUCUGACUUGUCAGUGUCAGCAGUCAUGGGUAUUAAAGGUGGCAAGGCCUGGGAAGCAAGUUUAGUUCCUAUCUUUCCAGGUUGUCCUGCAUUUUCUACAUCCAAAUAAUUAACCCUAGGGAGAAGCAAUGGGAAUACCUACAAAAUCCUUUCCUUGGUCAUUGUCUUGCUCAUUUUGUCAUCAGGCUCAAUCAUCACAGACUGAUUUUGAUGCUGUUUUCUUCUAGGGUAAAUUCUCUCUUCCCUCCCUCCCCCUAUUUAUAUUAAUGAAGUUUGCAAAUAUUCUUGACACAUAGCUCACAGAAAGGCUAACCUGCAUGCAGAUCACAUUCUCUCCCUUUUAUUAUCGUGUUUCUAAGGCCUAGAAAUAAGCAUUUGAUACCACUGUAGACUGGAUGAUAUAUUUUUCAGGCAGCAUGGGAAAGCACUCUUGAAUUCUCUGUCAACUUUUAAGUGCCUAGACAUUACUACUGUUCUCCUGUACUAACAAUUGAUAUUAGGACUAAACACUACCAGUAUUUUUAGUUAAGCAUCCUGUGCACUUGUUAGUCUGCAUUGC